CAGACACUCAACAGACACCCAACCCUUCACCAAGUACCUUCCCUCCACCUACCUCACAACCAUGCCCCGUCAAUCUCGAGGCAGAGCAGCACCCAGCAGGCAUACACCAGCACCUGCACCAGCUCAAUCGCGGCAAGCAUCCACGUCUUCGCGCAAUGCCCCCGCCACCCGUCAAGUCCCACCACCUGCCGUCGCUGCUCAGCAGUCCUCUGGGCCCGGCAUGUUUGGCAAUAUGAUGAGUACGGCUGCCGGUGUGGGAAUCGGUAGCACGAUUGGUCAUGGACUCAGUAGUAUGCUCUUUGGUGGUUCUAGCAACCAGCAACAGCAGCCUGAAGCCCAGCCGCAGCAGCAGGGACAGCAGCCAAUGGGCUAUGAACAGCAAGGUAUGUCUGCCUAUGACCAGUACAAUGGCCAGCAGCAGCAGCAAGGUAUUUCGUGCGAGGGUGAUGCGAAGCAGUUUACGCAGUGCCUCGAGCAGACUCAGGGUGACAUGUCUGCAUGCUCUUACUACCUCGAGCAGUUGAAGCAGUGCCAGGCCAUGGCCCGUCACGCAUAGAGUAGAACAUAGUCCAUCACAUUUUUACCUGAUGCUCCAUGACACAAAGCAGCGCAACACAACCAACACCCACACACAAC